UUUCAGUCCCAUCAGUCCCCUUGCAGACUUGGAACCACAAUUCUCGACACCAAAAACCUCACAAAGAGUGACCUUUCCCCCUGAUUUAUAUUUGCACUUUUUAGCAUAAAUGUAACUGUAAGGUUGUGUAUGGUCUACAGUAGGUUUGCCUUUUUGUGUCACAGAAACCAGUCAGAUAAACAGGAUUUUGUUUUUUUUUCGUAUUUUGUAGCUAAAGCAGAUGUGUGUGUCACUAUAUAUUGCACAGGGCAGGGACAAAACUGUUGGGCUAAAAACAGAAGCAAAACUCCUCCCUCUCAGCACAGAAAACAGGAAGAAGGGACAAGAAGUCAGUACCUAACGCUACUGCUGGUAAUGUAUUUGAAAACAAACCAGAAAAGCAAGACAAUCCAGUAAAUGAGACUUUUGUUGAUAUAAGAGGGAAUUUAUGAGUGUUUGCUGAAAGUGUUUGGAGCCAACAGUGCUGAUCCUGAACACUGGCUGAGCAAAUACAAGUGAAAUUGUGAAAGUGAAAGUAAGUCAACUGUCUGACAGCCGAAGGAGAAACCAACAGAAUGGCCUCCAGUGCAUCACAGUCUGAGGUGGACUGUACCUGCCCUGUGUGCUGUGAUAUAUUUACGGAUCCUGUUAUCUUGUUGUGCGGUCACAGCUUCUGUAAGGACUGUCUUCAGCAGUGGUGGAGACAAAGUAGACUCCAGACAUGCCCGGUCUGUAAGGAAAUAUUUCCGAUGGCUCAGCCUACACGAAAUCUGCGGCUGAGAAACCUGUCUGACACCUUGAGACGAGAGAGGAGUCAGAAAGCGAACUCAGGAUCUGAGGAUAUGUGCAGUCUGCACGGUGAGAGGCUGAAGCUCUUCUGUCAGGAUGAUCAACAGCUCAUCUGUGUGAUUUGUAGGGAUUCACAAAAACACAAGAAACACAAUCCUGUCCCCACUAAUGAAGCAGCAGAAGCCUACAGGGCUCAACUCAAGUUUAAGACACUGCAUUUAAAAACCAAACUGGGGUCGUUUCAAGCACAAAAACUCAACUAUGACAAAAUGGCCGGCCACAUCAAGCUCCAGGCUCAGCAGACUGAGAGGACGAUCAAAGAGGAGUUUCUGAAGCUUUACCAGUUCCUGCGAGCAGAGGAGGCUGCCAGGAUUGAUGCAGUGAGGAAAGAGGCGACGCUCAAGAGUGAAGCGAUGAACAUCAGGAUUGUUAAUCUGACUGCAGAGAUCUCCUCGCUUGAAGACAGAAUCAGAACCACAAAGAGGGAGAUGAUGGCUGAGGACAUCUCAUUUAUGCUGAAUGUCAGAUCCACAAUGAAGCGAUCCCAGUGCAACCUGCCAGACCCAGAGACUCCAUCAGGAGCCCUGAUUGACGAGGCCAAACACCUGGGGAACCUGCUGUUCACAGUCUGGAGGAAGAUGAAGGACAUAAUCCAAUACACUCCUGUAACUCUGGACCCCAACACUGGCGACCCACUAUUGAUUAUAUCAGAGCACAUGACCCGUUUGACAGAGAGCAAAAAGAGUCAGCCGCUUCCUGAAAACCCUGAAAGGCUGCAGAAUUCAGACAUCCUCGGCUUUGAGGGCUUUAGCUCUGGAAAACACAGCUGGGAUGUGGAGGUGGAGGCAGAGCAGUAUUGUUGGGCUGUUGGUGUGGCUGCUAGAACUAAAAAGUCAAUCAAUAAAGGGUUCUGGGGCAUUUCCAAACAUACCAAAGACCCUCUGUUAGAAUAUAUUCAAGAGAGAGAAAAGGAAAUUGAAUUACAAGGUUCAGAGCCCCAAAAGAUCAGAGUGCAUCUAGAUUAUGACCAAGGCUUACUAUCAUUUUUUGACCUUGAUAGGAAAAGACCUGUACACACCAUCAAAUACACUUUCACUAAAACUGUCUUUCCAUAUUUUCUUGGGAAGGCAAAAAUCCUUCCAGCUGUAGUGUCAGUGAAGAUAAGACAGUAGAUAUGUAAUGUCUUCAAUGGCACUGGAAGAACAAUGUGAAGUUAAAAAAGCAACAACCCUGAUGUCCCUGGGUUUACCUCAGCUUGGACUUUCAGCUUAUAAUUUUGAACAGCCUGCGUCACAAGCUGGAGGGAUGGGGUUUGAAAGGCAUUUAGGGAGCAAUGAGGGUCUGAUGGAAGAUGCCAUUGGGGUGCAUUCUGGGAAAUGUAGGAUCCAGUGCUUUCGGAGGUUGACGCCUACUUGGGAUUACAAGUCAGGAUAUCUCCACCUCUGCUGCUUUAAGUUUGAUUAUUGUCAUUUAAAGCUAGCUCUUUUGCUGUGGGGUACUGGGGGUCCAUCUCUGAAGCUGCUGCUCACUUGGCGGUGGGGAAAGAGGCGGAGGACAUACUUUGAGGCUCUAGCUAACGUUAGCUACAUUGACGUGAACUUAAAGCUCCAGCUAUGAGUCUUUGGCCCAGUUAGCGGAGGGCAAAACUAUUACCAACAUUUUCUCUCCAUCUCUCUGUAUGGAAUUAUGAAACUAAAUAAUUGUAGAGUCAGUUUAAUAUAAUUCAUUGAAUGUUGUAAGUAGAUUGUAGAGCUGAAUAUAUGAAUUUGUUGAAAGUUUGAGUUUUUGAAAUCAAUUCUAGUUUAAUUUUAUGAUGAACUCUGAAUGUAUCCAGUGUUUUGAUUAAAUUUCAUAUAUCAGCUGUUUUUAAUGCUGAUAUAUGAAACAGACUGUUAGAGUUUUAUCAUGUAAAUAUUUU